AUGCCGUCUUUUGUUGAGGCUAUUGACGAGAGCUUUCUUGGCGGCGGCCUACGAGAUAGGUUAGCUCAUGCCAGUAACCUUUGGCCUGGAGAUCCUCGAUCGGCUAUUGAUUGGUUCCUCGAAGAAGGGAAUGUGCCUGCGCAGACAAUUAAUGUCAUGACCUUUGUGAGAUCACUCUUGGGUUACUUCGACGACGAAGAGUAUGUUUGCGGCCGAAUUCUCUCACUCUUGGGAGCUUAUACGCUUGAAGAUCUGGUUUUGUUGCUUUUCCCGCGCAACGUGCUGGAUCAAAAGCUAGGGGUAAAUCCAGCCGACUUUCCAUAUAAUUGGGCGACAACAAAUUUGACGAUCACCAAAUUGGAACAAGUUCGCGCCGAGUUUCUAGAUGACCACCCACUCGUUUUCAUGCUUAUUUUGUUGAGGGAAAAUAAGUUCUCAAUCGCAGACCGCUCUGAGCGCAUAACAGAGUGCAUUCUAACUGCGAUGGAGCUCGAUGAGCUUGAUGUUAGAUCGCAACAGCUUCUGCCCCUUGUAAAGAAAAGCUUCCCCGAUCUGAGAGACGCAGAAUUUUCUUCAGCAAUUGAAUUUAUCAAGUCUUUGAAAAUUCUCUCCAGCCUCGUUGAAGAUCCAGAGGAUGUGGCACACCUUUAUAACUCCAACUAUCGCUCUGUGCGAAGCAUCACGGUCCAGUCAAAGAACAACUUCAAGAAUGAUCUCGUAAAUGAGGUGCUCGAAUCUUUCAUUCGCUAUAAGUGUCUAUCCUCUCCUGAUUCUAUUCGCGCAUUUAAUACCCCCGUUGAUGCGCCAGAUGAUGGUCAUUCUCCUCAGCCACUCAAUCUUCCCGGAAAUACAGACUAUGAGGUCUAUUCUAAGAUUAUCUCGCAUCAGAGAUUCCCUUUCACCUGCUUUCCUUACGACCAGGCACGGAACAUGGUAAUCUCGUACUUCAACAUUUUUCAAGUAGCACAUCGUGACUUUGUUGAUGUGUUUCAAGCACCGGAGCUCAUUCUGCAGAAAAUAAAAGGGAAAAUCACUAACGAUGACAUGAAGAGGUCGCUAGCUUGGGGAGCAGGAGAGGUGUUGGAGAGACAAAGGGCAGCAGAAGCAUUGGGUCUGCAUCAGAUGGAAUUUGCAGCAAUUACAGGAGAGAGCUUUUUCCCCCAGUCUUUAAGUGACCUUCUAAGAGGUCUUUCGAGUGACACGCUCAUUGACACAGGCAUACAAGAAUACGAGUUUUGCCAUUUGUGGGGUUAUGAGGAUGAUGAAACCAUGUUAGGAAGUGCAAGCGGCUUGUCGCAGAUCAAAAGCCAACUCAUGCAGAGGUCUGGCUUGGAGUUUCAAGACGUUCUUGACCUCGUAAAGACUCAACUUUUCGGCCAGCAACUAGUAAUUACGAACGAGUCUGGGUCCAACGAGUUUACCGAAUCAAUCUCAGAUCUUCGCCUACUGUCGAACGCAUCUAGCCCACCAUUUCAACCUCUUACUUCAAAAAUAUGCAGAAACCUCCAGUCAUUCUUGCGUUUGAAGGCUAAACUUGGUUGGUCGACCAGAGUACUCGACGCUGCUAUUUACUGCUUACGCAACAGGGAAUUGGAGAGUUCACCUUCUUUUAAGUCGAGCACUAUAACUGAAGUACAAUCCAUUUCCGUCUAUGUGAUCAAAGGUAUUGCUGCGAUUGUUAAGUUGAGUGACCUGUGCGGAAUAGAACCUGAUUUUCUUAUUCCUCUAUGGGGCCCCAUCGAUUCAUUUGGAGAAGAAUCACUACUCCACCGCAAGUUUCUUCGUCUUUCCUUGGGGCCAAUAUUCGCAGUUCCUGAAGAUUCUGCGUACUUUCAGCCUGAUGGGAAGACAUACAAAAUUCAAGCAUGCGGUGCCAACAUCUGUGCAAGCCUCAAUUGGCGUUUUGAAUACUUCGGAGAUCUUCUCCAAGCCACAAAUCUCUCAAAUGCUGAUUUAACCAUUGAGACCUUUUCUACUUUAUACCGAUAUGCUACGAUAUGCCGGAUUCUUUCUGUCAGUCCCAAGGAAUGUGUGCCAUUCUUCAAGAUCUUCUUCAAGAAAGAAGAUCCCUUGGCAAGUCCCAAAACCACACUUGCUAAUAUAACGCAUUGGACGACGCUACUCAAUUCAGGUUGGACUAUCGAAACACUUCUUUUAGUUCUCGCAGGACCCGCAAGUGAUGAAAGCAGUUCCCAGGUUAGAACAAAUGCUAUCACACUUGACACGCAACAAGAUCUACAAAAAAGCAUAGAUCUGUCGAAGGACUGGCCGAAGAAAAUCUCAGUGAUUCCUUCCUCAACAGCCCAAAAUUAUUCUGCUCAAUUCAGGCUCUGCGGUCUUUUGACUACGGAGGAGAAGCAGAAAAUUAUGCUUGAUUCUUCAUUGCUUCCUUCGUUAACCACUGCGCUGAGAAUUCUCGUUGAAAACUCGCUUCUUCCUCAAAUUGUCAUCGAGUCGCGCUUUCAAAACAACUCGCGGAAGCUUUCAAGUAAUAUCCUCAUGCAAGACUGGGCUCCGAGCCAGCUUGGUGUGAACAAUCCGUCGGCAACCACACUUGUUUCGGCUCCCUCUCCAAAUGACAUUUUGAUCGAGACCGAGUCCCAAGUUCGAGAAAGAAGAGCUGCGUUUGUCGAUCUAGCAGCGCCUGCCAUCGUGCAAGAUACUCUUACGACGUCUAUCCUCAACAUUAUGAAAGAUCUUGUGCUAGACGUCGAUAUAUCAGUCCUAUCAUACCUUCUUACAGAUACUGUGAAAGUACCAACGAAUCAAAAUAAUGGAGUUGAAUCAGCUAUGGCGGCCCUGAAACACCUGAGUGAACCGGUAAAAACGAAGAUUGAUGCGAAAAAGGUAGAUGCAUACUUCAUACCCACAAUCACCGAUGAUUUCAUAUUGCACUAUACUGGCAAUUUAGAUGUUCCCAGCCUGACGAUAAACGGGAUUGAGGUACCAUUUAAUACCGUAUCAAAGGCGUGGAACGCUUUUCGCAUGAAUGCCGGGCAGUCAUACCUUCUACAGGGUGUAUUCUCUGCCUCGGAACUCGCAUGGUCAACAUGCAGAUCAAUGAUGACCCCCUUUACGGAGGAAGAGCUUCUGCCAUCAUCAAUUGUCCAACAAGCUAAUUUAAUCUUGAACGCCAUCCGUCGGGCAUACAUGAACCGACAAGAACAAACGGAGCACGAAAUAUUGGCAAUGGAUCUAAACUCAUCGUCUUUGAUAGACUUGGUCCACCUUCAAGAGUAUCGUGAACUAAGGGAUGGGCUCCUCCACGUUAAUACGAAUAGUGACCUUACCAGUCUCUUUUCGUGGCUGUAUAACUCCACCAAUCCGGAUGUAAAGACAAUUGCAACCAAAAUUGGAGCGAGCACUGGUUGGAAAGAUACGCUAGUAGAAAGCGUCCUGAAUGCAAAAUACCCAAACUUUACUCCUGCAGAUCUUGUAGCAACUUUGCGCCUCCAUGAUGCCUUUAUAAGCCUCAGAGCUAUUAUCGACUUUUACGAGAAGCUAGGUGAUUCAUCUAAUGUCACCUCCAAGCCUCUUAUGGUUGAGCUCUUUGAUCUAGCACGACCUCCGCCGCAGCUCCAUAAUGGAGAUACCUACAUGGAAGCUGCUAAGAGUCUUCAAAACAGAUUGACACCUUCACAACGGGAAACCGCGGAUGAAGGGUUGAUGGAGAGUCAGCGGAAGGCGCUCGUAACUUUUCUUUUGCAACAGAAAUUCAUCACACGAGACCUUGGUAUCUGGGAUGCUGAUGGACUAUUUGAGUAUUUCUUGGUCGAUGUGCAGAUGGGAUCCCAAAUUCGAACUUCACGAAUCAAGCAGGCUAUUUCGGUUGUGCAGAUGUUUGUUCAACGAUGUCUGCUAGGACUGGAGGAAGGGGUCGCAAAAUCAGUCCUGGGGCAUGAAAAAUGGGAUUGGUUGCAACAAUACACCUUGUGGGAGGUCCACAGGAAGAUUUUCCUGUAUCCGGAAAAUUGGAUCGACCCUACACUUCGAGAUGACAAAAGUGAGCUAUUCGACCAGUUCGAGGCCACCUUGAUGCAGAAAGACUUAAGCAUCAACACUUUCCUCCAAGCUAUCCAGAGCUACAUAUAUGAUCUAGACGGAAUUUCCAGUCUCGAUAUUGUUGCAUAUGUUCACGAGCCGCAACCGGCAGCCGCGGAUAUUUUCCACUUAUUUGGGCGGACCCGAAGUGGACCAUAUACCUUCUACUAUCGUACUCUGACUAGGCUGAGGACCGCAGAGGUAUUUUGGCGACCAUGGACCAAGGUUGAGGUGGAUAUCCCGUCUAUUGAGACGGAGUGGGAAGGUCAGCGACUUAUGGAUACAGGCAGUUAUCUCCUUCCAAUAAUGAUCAAAGGCAGGUUAUACUUGUUCAUGCCAACGAUUAUGCCCAAGACAAUUGUGAAGAAUAUAUCAAGUCUAGAUGGAUUAAACUCAUUCGAUGCUUUGCGCACUCAGAAACCAAAUAUAGCGGAGCCUGUGCGUAUUUGGGAGAUAACAAUGGCAUGGACAGAAUUCGUCAACGAAGGCUGGUCACCAAAGCGUGUUUCAUCUAGCAGUCUCAGUGUUGGUUUAGAUGCAUCCUCAUCGCAGUUAAGAGUUGAUCCCGAUUUACAAGGCAAUACAUUGACACUUAAGGUCAGUUAUGGGCAGGCUGGGAAGACUACUUCCAAAGCCAUUGGAUCAUUUAUAUUUUGCAAUGACCAAAUGAGCACUGCAGACAACUUUACAACCUCCACUCAGGCCGGAUCCUUUGAAACCUACUUUCAGAAAGCAUUGCAGAAAGGCAUGGACCUCGAAUCGCUGCCCGGAGGAACCAAUUAUACCAACCUUACAGCUCUACUUUGGGUACCACCAGAAUUAGAGAGCACGGGGGCGGUAGAUAUCUCUUGGACCUUGUCAAAAUUGCCACAGAGAGUGACGGGCCUCGUGGUCAGCGCAAAGGUUAGCGAGGGCAGGAGGGCAAGCUUCUUCAACAUACCAAAAUUGGAACUUCUCAGCUCAACCUGGACCCAAGAAAUCAUAAAAAACAAUACGGAACUCGUUUCAAUCGACCACACAUUCUCGCACGAACUUAUGGAAGCUACCGCUGAUCGCGUUGAUCCGUUACGCUGUUUGUACAACAAGAUUGCUCAGCUACCGGCUGGUACAAUGAGAGAGAGUUUUGGCGCUGGUAGUCACGAAGCAUGGUAUCAUGAAUUAGGACGUCCUACAGCCCUCUACAACUGGGAGGUUGGACUACACACGAUUUUAUUGGCAGUUGAUCGAUUUUCUGUGACGCAGCAGUAUGAAGAGGCUUUGGAAGUUGCAAGACUGGUGUUUGAUCCAUCUGCAGAUCUAGAACUGGACGCGAAUAACGAAGGAAGUUAUCGAUCAUGCUGGCGUUUCCCUCCAUUUCAGGAAAUGGCGCGUCAAAUUGCUAGCCGUGGAGAGGAGUCGUUUGAUCCUUUGAAUCUCGAUCAUUUGAGCAAAGAGAUUCAACUUGCCAUCAAAGAGCGCCAAGCCGCGCGAGUAUUGGGGCGCGAGCCACCAAAAGUACCCGAUUUAGGAAAGAGAAAAAUGAAGGCAAUGACUUUUGAGCAAUUGCGAGAACAGGAUAUCAUGUAUGACUCGGUCAUAUUUGAUUUGGGCUUGCCGUUCUCAGCAAAACUGAAGAAAGGCGCCGCUGAGACGGCAGACAGGGAUCCAAAGAAGGAGAAUAUCGCUUGUUUCCUUCGGACAAACUAUUUCUGCGCCCCGUUAAAUCCUAAAUUCAAGCAAAUGCGAAGCCUUGUCCAAGAGCGUCUGUAUAACCUCAGGAACUCUUUCGACAUUCAAGGAAAGCCCGUAGUCUAUGGCCUUCGUGAAGCACCUAUUGAUCCAGGAGCCGUGAUCGCCUUUAGCAAACAAGGUUUAGGAGUAUCUGAUGUGCUAAGUAUAGUUUCUGGCGAACGAGAUAGUCCAUUGCCUCGACAGCGUUUUGACACUCUUUUGAGGAAGGCCCUAGCACUGUGUACUGAGGUGCGAAAACUUUCUGGACGUCUUCUCACUGUGGUAGAGAAGAAAGAUAUGGAGAAUUACAACUCCGGCUGCGCUCAACAUAGCACAGUAAUACAACAAAUGAUGCUCGACAUCAAAAAUGUUGAGCUUGAAGAGUCACAGCAGACUCUCGAGUCGCUCUUGAUGAGCCGUAGCUCGCUAGAGGCACAGUUGAACUACUACCUCCAACUUAUCGGCGAGCCAGAUUCCAUGAUUCCAAAGCCUAAAGACGAAUGGAUUGAUAUCCAACAGAGUAUUGAUGCACCGACAAAAGACGAAUUGCGAAUGUCUUCAUAUGAGGAUUCGGAGAUGAAAAAGUCUCUCGCUGCCGCGGCCAAAAACCGUGCAGCCGUAGGCACUGACUUAAUUGCUAUGCCCCUAUAUGUCGUGCCACAAGCAACGACCAAUUUUGAGCCUCUGGGUGUCGGUGGAUCGAUUUCGUUCGCUGGUAGCUCCAUUGCUGAUGCCAUAGCGGCAGGGUCCACGUUGGCGAGAGGCAUUGCUGCCGUGUUGGCAGAUGAAGCCGCCCGAGCUGACAAGAAAGCUAACCUGACAAUGCAGUUGCGGGAACGGAGACUCCAAGCAAAUAUUAAUGGACGCGAAAUUAAGUCAAUCGACAAAGAUGUUGAAAUCCAAAAAGUCCAUAUCACAUCAAUUCAGAAGGAAAUUGAAAUGCAAAAAUCCGAAUUGGAAAGUGCUGCUGGAACUGAGGAGUGGUACCGCACCAAGUACACCAGUGAACAAUUGUAUAUAUGGAUGGAAAAAGGCCUCAGAAAUCUGUAUUUCCAAGCCUACGAACUAGCCAUGACUAUGGCUCUUCGAGCAGAGAGCUCUUUCAACUUCGAAAGCGGAAGCAAAGGCUCCAUAAUCAGAAGGGGUGGAUAUUGGAACCCUGCUCAGGACGGGCUUCUUGCUGCUGAAACCCUAUAUUUGGACCUAAGGAGACUUGAAAGUGCGCAACUUGAAGUACCUGGUGCUGACUACAACAUCAGCAAGACUGUGUCUCUAAAAGACUUUGACCCUCUGGCUUUGGUGAAACUCAGGGCUACAGGAACCACUGAUUUCUCUAUUGGCGAGAUGCUUUACGAUAUGGAUUUCCCGGGACAUUUCAUGCGCAGGAUCAGAUCUGUUAGCGUCUCGGUACCGUCAACUUUAGAGGCAGGGACCAGCACUAAUGCUGUCUUGACGUUAUUGGAGCAUAAGUACCGUGUGACCCAAAACGCUGCUGACUAUGCCGCUUCUCAGUCCUCUGCCGGGAGUGAAGCAUUCAGGACCGAUCGGAUUCCCAUAACAUCUAUAGCUGUAAGCUCCGGCACCAAAGACUCCGGGGUGUUCGAGCUCAAUUUCUCUGGUCCCCGGUACAUGCCGUUCGAGGGCGCAGGUGCUAUCUCAACAUGGCGUCUCGAAUUUCCCUCGCCAAUCCGUCAUUUCGAUUACGAGACCAUUAGUGACGUACAACUACACGUGCAGUACACCGCGUAUGAGGGAGGUCCAACACUGAGAAAGGCGGCGAAAGAUGCUGUGAUUCAAGCAGCUCAAACCAUCGAAGCCCAAGGUCAACAUCAAGGAUACUGGGCACUUUGGGAUCUCAAGAACGACUUCGCUGAUAAAUGGGGCGAUUUCCAAAGCAAACUUCUCGGCACUGCGGCCGCAAGUCUGGACCUCGGUAAUCUGAAAAAUCGUUUGCCUUUCUGGUCACGUCAUCAGGGAACUCUCCAAGUGCAAACUUUCACGCUGAUGUCUCGAAGUAAAAACGUGAGGGAUAGAUUGAGCAUAUCGGUGGAUCCAAAUGCACCCGCAUACAACGGAACUGAUGGUAUCUACUGUGGCGAUUUCUUUUCCAAAACUUGUGAUAUGACUGAAAAGAACUUAAAUUGGAAAAUCUUGGCGAAAGCAGUUGCACCUGCAGCGGUCGGAAGCGAAAAUAUUUAUUUGUUUAUUCGUUACAUUUAUGUUGGGAAAAAUCUUUCAUAA